UUAAACCGAGCUACAAAAAUGGCGGAAACUCCAAUAACAACACAAUCAGAACAAAAACCCCAUGUCGUCCUUCUACCAACUCCAGGAAUGGGUCACUUAGUCCCCCUCGUUGAAUUCGCCAAACGACUUAUUCACGAGCACGACUUCUCUAUAACAGUCAUCCUUCCUACUAACGGUCCUAUCUCUGAAUCUCAAAAAAAAUUCCUCAACUCCCUUCCUUCUACCAUGAAUUACCUCCUUUUACCUCCCGUUAACUUCGACGAUUUACCCGAAGAUGUUAAAGCCGAGACACGUAUCUCUCUUACAGUCACACGUUCACUUCCUUCUUUUCGUAAAGUUUUCAUGUUACUAGUUGAAACGAAGAAAACAGUUGCUUUAGUGGUUGAUCUUUUUGGCACGGAUACAUUUGAUGUAGCAAAAGAAUUUAAUGUUUCUCCUUAUAUUUUUUACCCUACUACAGCUAUGUGUUUGUCAUUAUUUCUUUAUUUGCCUACACUUGAUGCAGCUGUGUCAUGUGAGUAUAGAGAGUUGAAAGAACCGGUUCGGAUUCCGGGUUGUGUUCCUAUUGAAGCAAAGGAACUUCUCGACCCGGUUCAGGAUAGGAAGAAUGAUGCUUACAAAUGGCUGCUUCAUCAUACGAAAAGGUAUAAAAUGGCGGAGGGAAUAGUGGUGAAUAGUUUCAAGGAGUUGGAACCAGGUGCCAUUAAAGCUUUGCAUGAGGAAGAACCAGAUAAGCCACCGGUUUACGCAGUUGGACCGCUUAUACAUAUGGAUGUAAGCAGUAAAGCUGAGGAAUUAGAAUGUUUGAAAUGGCUAGAUGAGCAGCCAUGUAACUCAGUUUUGUACAUCUCCUUUGGAAGUGGUGGAACUCUCUCACAUGAGCAGCUAAUUGAACUUGCAAUGGGUUUAGAAAUGAGUGAUCAAAGAUUUUUAUGGGUUAUAAGAUGCCCAAAUGAUAGAAUUGCUAAUGCCACUUACUUUAAUAUCCAAAGUUCAAGUAACCCUUUUGAUUUUUUACCACAAGGGUUCUUGGAAAGGACCAAAGGACAAGGAUUAAUGGUGCCUAAUUGGGCUCCACAAGCCCAAAUCCUUAGCCAUAGCUCGACAGGCGGGUUCUUGACUCACUGUGGAUGGAAUUCGACGUUAGAGAGUGUGGUCCAUGGCAUUCCACUUAUUGCUUGGCCGUUAUAUGCAGAACAAAGAAUGAACACGAUAAUGUUAAACGAGGAUCUAAAAGUGGCAUUGAGGCUGAAAACCAGUGAGAAUGGCGUCGUGGGAAGAGAGGAAAUUGCUGAAGUGGUAAGAGAAUUGAUGGAAGGUGAAGGAGGAAAAGGAGUUCGUAGUAGAAUGAGAGAUUUAAAAGAUGUAGCUGCUAAAGUACUUGGUGAAAAUGGUUCUUCUACAAAAGCACUAGCUGAACUGGCUUCCAAAAUGAGAAAGGUAUUACAGAAUUGAUUAAUGUACACAUGGGCUUUGUUCUUGUUGUAGUUAAAAAGUUGGUUGUAUUUGUGAUUUAAGGGUGAAAAUUUUAGGCAUCUGAGUUUUGUACAGCGAUGAUAUCUAUGUAUGAAAUAAGAGUCUAUUUCAUGUUAUGGUUAUUUAUUAGAGUUAAAGUUAUAUGCGCUGUCAGUUA